CCUGACGAUCCACGGAUUCUCGCGUUGCUCGCUCACGUUGUUGCUUUGCGUUUUUGCGGCAAAAACGUUUCUACGGAGAAGUCGGGUGAAAAACGCGGCAAGUUGACUACGAAAGACGCAAAUGUCGAGAAGAAUUCGGACGACCUAACGCCCGGAAUCUGAGAUAAGGUCUCGCGAUAAAGAUAAGCCAUCGAUUCGACCUCGAGGGAAUUAAUUGCGACCGACAUCCGGAGCGACCAUGGAGACGGUGGUCGAGGACGGCGAGCAGCCGAACGUUCUGCAGGAGAUCGCGAGCGACGAGGAGCUGGCCCAGAUCCCGCGGGAACUCGCCAGGAGGAUCCACGCGCACGUCAACGCCAAGGUCGACGAGUUCAUCACCGCCAAGGCGGUCUUCGAGACCAACCGACAGAGCUUAGAAGAAAAUUUGGAGAAGGCAGAGAAGGAGCUCUCGGAGCACAAGUUGAAUCUUGAUGAGUGUAGAGGAAAGUUAGAGUUAACUGAACAGACCAAUGCAGAGUUAUCGAACAAUCUUGAGGAAGUGAAGACUGACGUACAUAGAUUACAAGAGUCUGUGAAACGAUUGGAGAAGGAAAAUGGUGAACUGCGGAGACAGAGAGAUGCAAUUACGGAUGAGACAAAUGCUUUACAGCUGCAAGUUGAGAGGCGGGACGGUGAGGCUGAGAGGAUGCGUCUUGACUUGGCUUCUUUGACCUCUCAGCUUCAAACUGCUAUUACAUCCAAGUGCCAAACUUUGACUGAGACUGAAGAAAUUCGUAGUCGCGAAAUGACUUUAGAGUUUAAGGAGAAACGACUGGAGCAAGAACGGGUGCUUCUCGCUCAUCAAAUGGCAAGUCUUGAAGAAGAACUGUCUAAAAGAACUUCUGAAUUACAAACAGCAAGAUCUGAAGCUUCUACUAGAGCUCUUUUAAUCGAUACCAAACUGUCACAGCGUGAAGAGGAACUACGAAUAGCUAAUGAAGCCAAUUCUCAUUUGCGAGAUGCAGUUUCUUCUCUUCAAAAGCAAAGUGAUGAACUAGCCCAGAAAUUGGAGCAGCAGCGAGCUCACGAAAUUGCCAUAAAUGAUUCUUACCAGAAAGAAAUCAAUGCACAGAAAAAUCUAGCUAAUUUAUACGAAUGUAUGAAGGAUGAUGCCAAUGCUAAAGCUGAAGCAAUCUCCAAUGCAGCGAGCGAACUACAGAAACUUGUGGAUAGCACUGCAGAAGAAUAUGGAACCUUGGAAACAAAGUAUAAUCAAUUAAUGCUCCAGCACAAGCAAGAUAUUGAUGAGAAAGAACAGAGCAUUCAGGAACUGACAAAGGAGUUGGAACAUGCUAACGAAUUGCUAAAAAAUAUGCAACAAGAGAAAUUGGACCAAGCUGUAGAACAAUUGGCACCUACAGCAGCAAUAACAAGUCGAGUAUUACGAAAAGGCCUAAGUCUCACUCAAAUUUAUACUCAAUUGGUUGAAGUCACCAAUGAAUUGACCAUGGAACGAGAGGAAAAUGAACGAUUGAAGUCACAAAUGGAUCUGAUCCUUCGCGAAUUGGAACAAAAAGCACCAUUAUUGCAGCAACAGCGUCAAGAUUACGAAACAGCCAUGUCAAAUGUGGCAACAUUAACUUCUAGACUGGAUGAACUUCUUGCAGAGAAUCAACGUCUUCACCAAAGUUCCGACGAAGCUAACCGUCUCUCCAAACAUCACACUGCAGAAAAUCAAAAAUUGAAAACUCAACUUGCUGAUCUGGCUAGACAAGUAUGUUAUCUUCUCAAAGAAGUCCAAGAAAGCCGCACCGGUGUCCGAGUAGAAACUAGAGACUUGUCUUCUUCCAUGGAUACAGAUGACAUCUUAUCAUCACAGGUCAUCAGCAAGAAGCUGGUGACUUUCAAGGACAUUGAGCAACUGCAAGAAAAUAAUCAAAAACUUAUAGCGGUUGUUCGCGCAUUGUCAUCCAGGCAAGAAGAGAUCGAACAGGCUACCAACGAGAUAAAUUCGGGCGAAAUGAAGGAAAAACUAGAUCGUUAUAUGGAACAGCUGGCAGACAUGCAGGUAGCACAAGAGAGGCAUGCAAAGAUGAUGGAUGGUCUCCUGAAGCAGAGGGACACAUACAAAAACAUGUAUCAACAGAUACUGAAAAGCUCCACUGAGAAGACGCAAAUGGAAGUGGAGAAAGAUGUCGAAGAGCAGAAAUCGAAUGCAGAGCCCAAGAUAACAAAGGAUAAUGAAGAAAAGGAGGAAUGGUCCAGGAAGUUGAAAGAUGCCGAGGACAGGAUUAAACAUAUUUCGGAUGAGUACGAGAUGUAUCGUAAGGAGAGAACCGCGCACGAGAAGAUGCUGAGCGAGGAAGUGGAAAGGCUCAGGAAAGAAGCAGAGUCAAAUUCGACGAGGUGUUGCAGACUGAGGGCACAAUUAGACUCGGCGAACGAAAGGUUUACAAUUUUGCAAGGCAACGUUGCUUCUUACAAAUCUCAGAUCAAGGCUCUCGAAGAGAAAUGCACUAAUUAUAACGUCACCAUCGGCAAGCACGAGCAAAGUAUUAUGAUUCUAAAGGACGAGACGCUUGCCACUCAAAGUCGCUUAGCACGAGCUGAAAUUCAACUGGAGAACCUUCGUCAAGAACGUCAACUCUUGAAGGAUACCGAAGGACGUCUCUUAAAGGAGCGAGAAGUAUAUCAAAGAGAAAGACAGACCCAAAUUUUGCUCAAAGCGGACAUGGAAUCCAUCAAGGCCAGUCUGGAGCGAGUUCAGGCUGAAGGACAGCUUAGAGCCGAGCAUAGACUUGAUGACGCCAACAGAGAAUGCGCUGCUCUUCGGCGUCGUCUUCAGGAGGAACAGGAUCGCUUCAGAGAGCUGGCAAGUCAUUUGGAAAGACAAUUGGUGGUUGUGCAGGAUAGAUUAAAAGAAGAGCGCGAAUUGAAUGAGAGAUUGAAAACUGAAUUAGAUCAAGCGAGAGAGACUGAGACCCAAAACAGUCAGAAGAUUGAUGAACUAAGCAAUAAAUUGAGACAAGCAGCCACCCAUUCCAUCGCUAAACCCUUGACAGGAGAUGAUAAUCUUGUGAAAAGAGUUAAAGAACUGGAAAUGCAACUGAGCACCUAUCAAACUGAAGCAAAGUCACUUUCCGAUCAACUGAAGGCAGCUAGACAGCAGAAUCAACAAUACUGUGACAUAGCCGAGAGUGCUGAAACGCAGCUGAGAGAAUCGACAGACGAGUACAACAAGUAUAAAGAAGAAUUAGAGAACAGCUUGAAAGAAUCGCGCACGGAAAUUCUGUCAUUGCAGAAGAGAGUACAGAAUCUGAAUGAUGAUCUAGCGAAAAUGUCGAAUGGCAGACAAGAAACCGAUUCGGUGUUGAGAGAUAGAUUGGCCGAGGCCGAAAGAAAAGUCGAAGAGUUGGAUGAAGUGAAAGGCGAAUUGGAGUUGCUGAAGAAUGAUCUGAAGUCUGUCUCCAUCACGGCUAAGGAGGCAGAAGAGAAAUAUGCUAGAGAGAUGAUGCAGCACUCGGCCGAUUUACAGAUAUUAGCCAAAUUGAAAGAACAAGCUCAACAAGUUCAACAGAAACUUAGCAUUUUAACUCAGGAGCGAAAUGUAGCGGUGGAAGCUUUGGAAAUCGAGAAGGUAGCUUCCAAGGAAAGAGAGCAGUUGCUCGUAAAUGAGAUUAAGGAGUCACAAAAGAGACUUGUGGAUCUGGACGCGCAAAAUGCACUCUUGCAUAAUCAAAUUCAGGAAUUGGGCGACCGAGUGGCCAUCAUACAGAGUCAACAGACGAAGAUAAGUGGAAGGGACAGCCCCGAUACUAGUUUGGAAGCUCUGAAUAAGAGUUUCAGUUCCGUAGAAGAGGAUUCCAAUUCAGCCGAACAACUGUUAAGAGUCAUGAAGUAUCUGAGAAGAGAGAAAGACCUGGCUCUAGCCAAAUCCGACGUUCUCAGAGCGGAGAAUCUCAGAAUGAAAUCCCAGAUCGAGAUAGCGGAGAAGCGGUUGAAGGAAACCGAGAUCUUGUUGAAUUCUGAACGAGAGAAAUCCGAAAUUGAUGUGAUGACUACAUCCAAGCACGCAGAAUUGCUCCGCAAGGUGGAGACUUUGAAUGCCAUUACGGAUUCCAACCGAAUCCUCCGAGAGGAAAGAGAUCACUUGAGCACGAAAAUCAACGAGCUCACAGCCAAAGUGAAUGCUCUAUCCGAAGAGGUGGUGCCUCUUCGAGAUACAGCUAGAAACUUGACAGGGAAAACCGAAGCUCUGAUGGAAGAGAACAACAGUUUGAAGGGCGAGGCGACCAGGUGGAGGCAAAGAGCGAACACGUUAUUGGAAAAGGCGAAUAAGGCCAGUCCCGAAGACUGGCGGCGGCUUCAGACCGAGAGGGAGAACCUAAGCAAGCUGUUGACGUCGGAGAGGGAGAUCCACGCGAAGAGUAGCGAGGAAUUUAAUCAAAUGAAAGUGGAGCAGGCAAAGCUCGAAGAGGAAAUGGCGCAGCUGCAAAGACAAAUACAAACGCAAAAUGAACAGAUAUCACGAGUGGAAGAAGACGCUCGCAAAGUGCGCCAGGAGCUCAACGACGCACUGGCCGACUCCUCGUCAAAGGCGAAAGACUUGGCUCUGCUGCGAAAGGAUCUGGCCGACAAGGAAGCAACGCUCAAUGACAUCAAGAACAAAGAGAUUCAGAUCCGCAAGAUAGCCAAGAAGUACAAGACUCAGUACGAGGAGCUCGCGAGAAACGUGGAGGAAGAGAAGACCCGCAACGAGGAGGGCAGGAACGAGGACGCUUCCGGCGCGAGUGCGCAGGAUCGCGAGGAUCAACUGAGAGAGGAGGGUCGGCAGGAGCUCCGCCAGGCGAAUACCGAACUCGCGACGAAGUUGGACGACCUGACUCGUCAGAUGACGACAGCUCAGAGCGAGGCCGACAAUCUGAGGAAGGAGAUCGAAGCCAUGAAUCGCAAUAAUUUGGAAAAGGAGGACCGGGCAAAGCAGGUUCUAAAGAACGCCAGGACGAAGAUCAUGCAGCUGACCGAGUCGAAGAAGAUCUGCGAGAAGGAAGUCUUGGACCUGAGAUCGAGAUUAGAAUCCGCGGGUGGUAGCGCCGGAGUUUCGGCUGAUCAUUCGGACACUGAGCACGACGCGCGUCUGGUUGCGCUCAAGUCGCAGUUGGAGGGCCGGCUCUCUCGGCUGGAGCACGAGAAGCUGGAGGUGCAGGCGGAGAAGGACGCGCUCCUGCAGCGAGUCGCUCAGCUGCAGCGCCAACUAUCGGGGAUAAGCGGCGUGAGCGCCACUACGGAGCCGCCCACGGCGAACAUUAAGCCGAUGCAUUCGGCUAGGGCGGAGACGCCUCUGGCGAGUAUCAGACCGAUGAGCGUCGUGCAGUCGAGAACAGCGGCCGUGUUGCCCACGACGGCGAGCGCACCGGUGAUGGUUGCGCCUCAGCAGCAGCAGCAGCAGCAGGUGGUGCACACGACGGAGACGAGUUCGCCGACCAGCAGUCUGACCGACUUCCAGCCGGCGAGCACCAGCAGCUCCUCGCAGAGCGCGCAGACCAGCGGCCUCCGUCAAUUGGUGGUGCAGCCCCAAUUGAGCGAGUCCGCGGAGUCUACGCAGAGGGAGGACCCGGAGAGCGCGGAGACUCUGAAUCUGCAGCCGCAGCAGCAACAGUGCCAGCAGCAGCAGCAGCAGCAACAAACGGUGGCGCUGGUGAGCCCCAGAGUGGAGCAGCAGCAGCAGCAGCAGCAGGUCGCCAUCAGCGAUCAGCAGCAGACUGUGGCCAGCAGCUCCACGCAGUCGGUCAGCACGUCCCAAGGCUCUUCAGGAUUGAAGAGACCCCGAGCCUCGGACUCGACUGCCUCUGGCUCCGGGAUCACCGAGGAGAUGGAUCACGGACGUCAGGAGCAGAUGCAGAGCCCGAAGACUAAGAGGAGUAGAUCGGACAUGGGGGCUGCUGCUAGUGCCAGCGUUUCCGAAGUGGAAUAUCAGGUGCCUACGUCAAGUCAGAGAGAUCAAGAUGAAGAGGUGGAAGAAGGCUGCGUAGUGGUAGUAGACUGCGACGAGGGUGAAGGUGGAAGCAAUCACCAGGCCCAAGAGGAGGAGGGCUUCGACGAUCCGUACGAGGAGAUAGAAGAGGAAGAAGAAAUGCCCUAUGAGGUCGAAGGUGAGGUAGAGCGGGAUAACAACGAGGUGGAGAUCAUCAUGGAGGAGACCAACGAAGUUCCUAGGCAAGGUCAAGCAUCCAUCCCUACAAAUCAGCAACAGUCCGAAGCCAUCAGCAGCGCCGGACCGACCGGAGAACCACCGACAUCCUUCACGGCGAGGUCUAGAAUCGCGCCUAUGCCGCGGCAGCAGCAACAGCAACAUCUUCUUCUGCCACAACCAGGUUAUCCCGAAGACGGUGAUGACAGUAUCGUUCCUAGCACACCUACACUCUUCGUUCCUCGUCGCGAUGGCUUCGGAGAAGCUGUGAGCUCUCCACAAGUUCCCCAAGGACGUUUUACGUUUGGGGAUCAUUCAACGCCUACGACGGCCUCCUCGACUCCGUCCCUGACGACACCCGUAGGUUCUAUCAGCAGGACCAUAUUUGGUUCUUCCAGCAGCAGUUCUACGGUAUCUCAGGUUGUCCAAGAGAGCAUGGAUGACAGGAUAGAUUUGACACAGCUGGAAGACGGCGGAACUGGCCGCAGUGUUCCUACUACGCCUCUUCAAGUCUCUCCAGCUGCGGAUUUACCACCUUCGACUAGUGGCCAAUCGGAGGAACAGGAAACCACUGCAUCUGUAACACCUGUUUCGUUAACUGCCACUUCCGGCGACAGUGUCGAAGAGCCUGGCAUUCCUAACAUUCGCAUCGUCGGCGCCGAUGAUCAGCAACGUGGAUCGACUGAAGCCACAGAAUCUGGCGCGACUCCGAGUGAAGGCAUGAGUUCGGAAGACGAAAAGCGGCCGGAAGAGCCGCUAGCCUUGGCGUCCGGCGAGGACGACACCGUAGACACGGUGGAGGUGACAGAAGAAGCAGCAAGCGAACUCGUGGAGGAAGAAGUUGAAGAAGAGAGUCGCGAAGCAGAGGCUUCGCCAUCCAGUAAUACUCGCCAGAGGACAAUGGCAGCCAGCAUGGCGAAUGAUCCUACUGGUGCUAGGGGAAUGACGGUGAGAAGAUCCCCGAGGACGACUUUCAGGGUCGCCAGGGGUGCGAGGCCUACCCCGAUUGUGUGGGACAGCCAAUCGGGUAGAGGACAACCUGUAAUGCGAGGACCUGCUAGAGGAGCCGGCAACGAGGGGCCAUCACGAGGACGAGGCACACGAGGCCGACGAAUGCGCGCUAAAUAUCCUUACACUCGAUAUUCGUAAUAUUGCACAGCGACUUCAGUGUCUUGUAAGUCUUUUCAUUCGUCAGACAUUCUACGUAGUAGUUUAUACUAUCACACUAUAUGUUAAGCGAGUAAAGGUAAAAUCGAGUAAAAUGGACUAAUUCAUUCUCGUACAAUAUUUUGAUUUUGUUUUCUGAUUGAAUUUUUGAAAAAAGAAGAAAUAUGAUGACGAAUUUGUGAUGUUUGUAUUAUAUACUUCAUUCAUAAUAUAAUAUACUUUUUUUCAUAAUAUAUUUACUAGAGAAUAUAAACAAAAAUAUUCUUUCUUUAUAAUCAGAUCAAGGAUUUUAUCGUCAUAAUUUUGUUAUUUUAAACUGAUAUAAGAAGCUGUAAUAAAUUUUUAUAGAUUUAAGAAAAUGGAAUUAAAUUUUCACUUCUCUUAUUUUCGAUUUCGUUUGAAGAACAAAAACACUGAAAAAUCCUAUCCAGUUCCAUUUCGCUUGAACGAAUACAUGUAAAAUGUAGAUCACAAUUUUUCUAGUUAAUAAUGUAAGAUUGAAAUAUUUUUGUGUAUAAGGACUAGCGAAACUUUUUCUUACUUUUUUUCUUUUCUGACAACCAACUUUGCAGAACAGGUGUCUGUAAGAGUUGACGCCUCUUUAUUGGGCAUCAAUCCAGUUUCGUUUGCACUCGUCUGUGUGCUAAAUCGAGAAUUCGCAUUGUUCUACUAUUUCCGUUCUGUAAACGGUUGGGGGAGAUAAACGAUAUGUAUAGCUAAUAAUAAAAUUAUAAUCAUAAAUAUUAA